UGGAAACAAGUUGCCUUUCAAUUUGAAACAUAUUCAGCUGAAAGAAAUCUACAGCACAGAGGGUCGUGUGUUGUUUUUUUGUCUGCAGACAGAGAAGGAGAUGGAGUGAUGUACUGACACGUGAUCAUGUGGUUAAAGGGAAACCAUAAAAGCAAGUGAACUUGAGUCUGGAUGUUAAAGUUACCAGUUGUACUACCCAGACAAAGAAACACAUCUGUGACUGAGAGGUUUCUCUCUACAUCUGAGCGGAUAACAUGACGGAGUCAUUUACAAUUUAUACGACUACAGGAUCUGAUUAUGAAUAUCCUGAAACUGACUAUUCUGACUCCACAGAUGACUACGGUUCUGAUCCGACUGAAGCCUCAGGCAUGUGCAACAGAGAAUGGGUCAGGGAGUUUCGUGGUCAGUACGAACCGCCUCUCUACUGGAUCAUCUUCAUCCUUGGCGCCGUGGGUAACCUGAUGGUGGUUUGGAUCUACACCACCGUGCGCAACCGCCUGAAAACAAUGACCGACGUGUACCUGCUAAACCUGGCUGUGGCUGACCUCCUCUUCCUGUGCAUGCUGCCCUUCUGGGCUGUCGACGCCACCAAGGGCUGGGACUUUGGUAUCAGUCUCUGCAAAGUGGUGUCGGCCGUCUAUAAAAUCAACUUCUUCAGCAGCAUGCUCCUGCUCACCUGCAUUAGCGUGGACCGCUACAUUGCUAUUGUACAAGUCACCAAGGCCCAGAACCUGAGAAAGAGAGAGAGGCUGUUGUACAGCAAACUGGCCUGCCUGUGUGUCUGGGUGGUCUCCAUUCUCCUGGCCCUCCCUGAGUUUAUGUUCUACCAGGUGAAGACGAACAGAUUAAGCGGGCAGCCUUUCUGUGCUCCGGUCUACUGGAACAACGCAUUCAACCGGACUAAGAUCCUGGUGUUGUCUCUGCAGAUCUGCAUGGGCUUCUUCCUCCCUUUACUAGUUAUGCUGAUUUGUUACUCUGUCAUCAUUCGCACGCUUCUGCAGUGCAAAAGCUUUGAAAAGCACAAGGCCCUGCGUGUCAUCUUUGCUGUGAUGUUUGUGUUUGUCAUCUCUCAGCUGCCCCACAAUACUCUGCUGAUAAUAGAGGCCACGCAGGCAGCCAAUACCACCAUGACCGAUUGUGACACUGUGAUUCGUUUCAACGUAGCUUCACAGCUCACCAAGAGCCUCGCGUACACGCAUGCCUGCCUUAACCCGAUCCUGUACGUCUUCGUUGGAGUGCGGUUCAGACAAGACAUCGUGAGGAUUGUGAAGAUGUGUGCUGGCUGUCUGGGCACAGGAGGGCUCAGUAAAAUACAGGCAGUUCCCAAACGUCCCUCUGUCAUGUCAGACACUGAAACUACCCCGGCCCUUUCCAUAUAAAAGGCCCGUUUUCCUAAAAUCCUAAACCUGAGACCUGAGCCUAAUUCAAAAUGUUUGUAUUUUUCAUUUUGUUCACAUGCAUUACCAACAGAGCGACGAUAAACUGUGUAAACUUUGAGUUUACAUUCAUAUUCUGACAGUCUGUAUAAACUGUAUAUUCGUGUAAAUACUGUUUUUUUUCAAGUGUUUUUAUUCUUACAUUCAUUCCAUCGUGUAUUUGUCGUGUGCUGCUGUAAUUUUGAUUUUCAGUUUAAAGAAAACAUCAAUUAAAAAUGAGUAAAAAUCAA